AUGUACAAGAGAAAGACUGUGGGAGUAUGCGAUGGCGCCCAGGAAGUCAUAGAGAUGCAGAAGAACAAAGGAGAGAGAAGAGCCUGCGGUGACCCAAUUCUACCUGUCCGUGGUAUACGCCACACCGGUCUCAAACAUAUCAGAGAAUCCAGUGUCAAUGAGCACACGGAGGGACACAAUGGAUGUGUCAGGAGCAUGCGGGAGGGCAUGCCAAGACGUGUGCAAGGGUCCGAGGGUCUCGCACGACGGUCCAAGAAAGUGUGCAAAGGCAAAGGAGAGGUGCAGGAGGUGCCGGAUAUGGGGACUUGGGAUGCCAGGUGUUCAGAUUUCAAGUACGGGACUCCUCCUUCCGAAAUGAAAGCGGAAUACCAUGGGUGGUCCAACGAAUUCACACGCCUACAUGAUGGAGACAACACGUGGUUCUCAAGCUCAAGCUUCAACUUGGCAAGCGCUAAACCUCUAAAAGUUUCUCAAGCUCAGGCCUCUCCCAAAUCCAAUAUCUCCAUGCAAAAUCCUAAUUGCACCGAAAAUCAGGCUUGCACUUUGUCACAUGGUGCCCUUCUGGAAGGGGCAACACCUGCAAUAGUGAAUUUGGACUCGAGGGCAACCAUUUUGCGAUGUUCUUCAACAAAUCAGGAGGUGGUGGUGAUGGCAAAAACACCAAAGGUCUGGAAUGAACAAUGCGCUGGCGCCAGUUACGUCAGUCGACGAUCGUUAACCUACGCCAACUUGAAGGCAUCGUUCGAUAACAUCAAUUUGUUCUCCUCGGAUCGACUCAUGAGCGGACCGAAAAUUCUUGUCUGUCCACUGAAUCAGGUUGCUACCGGCGUGGCGCAUGCGAUCAGCAGUUCCUCUCGGCUCGACCUCCAAAUGGCGAAAUCAUAUACGAACCGUGACUACUGGAACAAAGUCUUAAGCAUGGCUAAUCAGACGAAACCUUACUAG